UUAUUUGCAUGGUACGUUGAUUCCAAAAAUUUCGCAGAAGCCAUCUGUCCGCUUUAUGCGAGAUUACUUGCAUUCCCAAUGCAAUAUUAUAUUCCAACGCAGCUACGUAACUAUGCCAAAGAGAGGUUAGCAAGACAUGGUAUAGAAAGCGUUGGCGAUAUUGGAUCUAUUUUGGAUAAGAAUAAAAAGAUCAAUAAAAUUGUUUACGAAUCGUAUGAUAUGUUGCAGAAGAAACUAGGAACAUCCGAAUUUUUUUUUGGAGAUCA